CAACGAAACGUACAAAAAUAUUUAAAAAAAAAACUAAAAAAUGGAAACUUUCAACGUACCUAUGCUGGCCGAAAGCAGCAGCAACAACAACUAUGCCACAGAAGCCAACGUCAAUCAUCACCACCUGCAACAUCAGCAGCAGCAACAGGGGCAGCAACUUCUCAUGCCCCACCAUCACAAGGAUCAAAUGCUGGCUGCUGGUAGCUCCCCAAUGCUGCCAUUCUACUCGGAGCUGCAACUGCAACCACAGAAGGAUGCCACAGUGCCUGGUGUGGGUGCAACACCUGCAACAGGCAACAUAGUGGUAACUGCUGCCACGGCAUCUGUGGCAAGUGCCACUGAUAAUUUUAGUUCCCUGCCGACCAUCGAUGCCAGCCAACUGGACGGUGGCAUCUCCCUGAGCGGCCUCUGCGACCGAUUCUUUGUCGGAAGCCCCAAUCCCCACAGCAACAGCACUAUGACCCUGAUGACGACCAACAACAACAAUAGCAGUAGCAGCGCCAACAAAAACAACAAUAACAAUAAUAAUAACAACAAUAUUGUGGAGGCUAAGGCAGUGGCAGCAUCGAACGGGGGGGGCUCGGUGAUAAUAGAAUCGGUAACGAUGCCGUCAUUCGCCAACAUUCUAUUCUCGCACUCCAGUGGUGGCGCCACCAACAACGAUUGCAUUGAUCCGGCCCUGCUGCAGAAGAAUCCCCAGGAGAGCACCAUUAUUGGGCCGCCAGUGGAGUACCAUCAGCUGAAGCCCCUGGAGGUCAACUCCUCCACGCCCGUUUCCGUUGCCGUUUCCACCACCAACUUCUUGUCCUCCACCACCGCCCAGCUGCUGGACUUUGAGGUGCAGGUGGGCAAGGACGAUAGUCGCAUCAGCACCACCACCACCACCAUAACAUCGGUGGGCAGUGUCGGGUCCGCCCCGGCUACACCAACCACAACAGUAACUACCAACAACACUGCCAAUCCUACAAGGAGCUCGUUGCACAGCAUCGAGGAAUUGGCUGCCAGUUCUUGUGCCCCAAAAACCACAUCACCCAACAGCAACAACAAUAACAAUAGUGCUAGUACAACACCACAACAACAACAGCAACAUCACAUGCAGGGCGGAAACCAGAGUGGCUCCAAUCUCAGCACCGAUGACGACGAGUCCAUGUCCGAGGAUGAGUUCGGUCUGGAGAUCGACGAUCAAGGAGGCUACCUGGACACCACCUCCUCGCACUCGCAGCAGAGCGGGGGCGGUGGCACCGGGGGCGGCAACCUCCUCAACGGCAGCUCCGGCGGCAGCUCCGUCGGCGGCAGCGGCGGCUACGUCCUGCUCCCCCAGGCUGCCAGCUCCAGUGGCAAUAAUAACGGCAAUGGCGGCCACAUGUCCUCCGGCUCCGUGGGCAACAACUCCGGCGGCAACAACGGUGGCUCCGGAGGCGGCUCUGGGCCGGGCAACUUGAUGGGCGGCACUAGCGCUGCUCCUGGACACAGCGGCGAGGUGAUCGACUUCAAGCAUCUGUUCGAGGAACUGUGCCCCGUGUGCGGCGACAAGGUGAGCGGCUACCACUACGGCCUGCUCACCUGCGAGUCCUGCAAGGGCUUCUUCAAGCGAACCGUGCAGAACAAGAAGGUGUACACCUGUGUGGCGGAGCGGUCGUGCCACAUCGACAAGACGCAGCGCAAGCGGUGUCCCUACUGCCGCUUCCAGAAGUGCCUCGAGGUCGGCAUGAAGUUGGAGGCUGUCCGAGCGGAUCGCAUGCGAGGUGGACGCAACAAGUUCGGACCCAUGUACAAGCGGGAUCGGGCGCGGAAGCUGCAGGUGAUGCGGCAGCGGCAGUUGGCGUUGCAGGCGCUGCGGAACUCCAUGGGCCCGGACAUCAAGCCAACGCCGAUCUCGUCGGGCUACCAGCAAGCAUAUCCAAAUAUGAACAUUAAGCAGGAAAUUCAAAUACCUCAGGUAUCCUCACUCACCCAAUCGCCGGACUCGUCGCCCAGCCCCAUUGCGAUUGCGUUGGGUCAGGUGAAUGCCAGUACGGGCGGAGUGAUAGCCACGCCCAUGAACGCCGGAAACGGCGGCAGUGGCGGCGGCGGGGGCCUGAACGGUCCCAGUUCCUUGGGAAAUGGCAAUAGCAGCAACGGCAGCAACAGCAGCGGCAACAACAACGCCGGCAGCACGGGCAACAGUGCAACCGGCGUGGGCGGAGGUGGCGGCAAUAAUGCGGGCGGCGGUGGUGGGGGCUACGGUUCCGCCGAUGGCCUGCAUCGCAAUGGCAACAGCAAUUGCCACGAGGCUGGAAUAGGAUCUCUGCAGAAUACGGCCGACUCGAAAUCGUGCUUUGAUUCCGGCACCCAUCCAUCGAGCACAGCCGACGCGCUUAUCGAGCCAUUAAGAGUCUCACCGAUGAUUCGUGAAUUUGUGCAAUCGAUCGACGAUCAGGAAUGGCAGACGCAACUGUUCGCGCUGCUGCAGAAGCAAACCCACAACCAGGUGGAGGUGGAUCUCUUCGAGCUGAUGUGCAAAGUGCUCGACCAGAACUUGUUCUCGCAAGUCGACUGGGCACGCAACACAGUCUUCUUCAAGGACCUCAAGGUCGAUGACCAAAUGAAGCUGCUGCAGCAUUCUUGGUCCGAUAUGCUGGUCCUGGAUCACCUGCACCAUCGCAUCCACAACGGCCUGCCGGAUGAGACGCAGCUGAAUAAUGGCCAGGUCUUCAAUCUCCUGAGCCUGGGACUGUUGGGAGUUCCACAGCUGGCCGAUUACUUCAAUGAGCUGCAGAACAAGCUGCGAGAUCUGAAAUUCGAUAUGGGCGACUAUGUCUGCAUGAAAUUCCUAAUCCUGUUGAAUCCAGAUGUGCGGGGUAUUGUAAACCGAAAGACCGUCUCCGAUGGACAUGAUAAUGUGCAAGCUGCUAUGCUGGAUUACACGCUCACAUGUUAUCCAUCAGUUACUGAAAAAUUCCGUAGGCUAGUUAAUAUCCUACCAGAAAUCCAUGCCAUGGCCGCCCGCGGCGAGGAGCACCUGUACACCAAGCACGUCGCCGGCAGUGCACCCACCCAGACCCUGCUCAUGGAGAUGCUGCACGCCAAGCGCAAGGUGUAGAAUCCGGCGGAAGACGCCGAAACGGAAUACUUAAUCAUUUAUGAAGUGUAAAUAGCAGGGCGAGAGCGAGGGGCAGGAUGUGGAGCAAAGCACGAGCCCCCGGGGGCAGCCAGAAUAUGGAUGUUUAAAUGCUAUGCGAACGGAGGAGGAUAAAAUUCUAUAUAUAAUAUGUAUAUGGAAAUGCAUCAUCACUACUACCACCAACACCACCAACUAUCACACCUAUAUACACACAACACACACACACACACACAUUUGUUGAAACAAUGUUAAUUAUUAUUACGUUUACGGCUAGGUCUAGUUUAUGUUUAACUAAUGUUUAAUUAAUUUGUCUUAAAUUAAUUCGUGUUUUAUUUGUAGUCCCUGAUAAAGCAAUUUUUAAAACACAUUGAACCUAAACGAGAAUAUAAAUGUAGGCGUAUGAAUAAUUCUAUAAAUAAUAUAGAUGGCAAGGAGGAACCCAACUUUCUUUAGGUGUUACAACAAAAUAACAAAAAAAAACCAGAAAGAAGCAUAAGAAAUUUUAUUUUUAUAUACCUAUAUACGAUACUUAUGGAUAAAAACAAAUCUAUAUAUAUUUGUAUGUAAAUUGGCGUCAUUUUAAAGCGUCCUACAACUUUUUAACUAGUAUUUGGUUUAACUAUAGUUUUUCUUUCAAAUUUCUAUUUCGUUUCUUGUAAUUUUUGCGCCAAGUGUCUUGCAUAGUAUUUGCGUCUAAUCUAAACGACAAAAUGAUAAAUAAAUAAAAUUUACAAAAACAAAAAGCAAAAAACUAAGAAAAAUCCAUACAAAGAAAAUAAAACAAAGCAAAUUUAGGUGUUCAUGGUAUGAAUGUAUGUGUAUAUUAUACUUGUAAUUUCAUUUUAAGUCUAAGAAAACAAUGCAAACAACUACCUACAAAACGAUGAAGAAACAGAAGAUGAGCAAGAAAUUAUAUAUUAAUAACGAUCAUGUUUAAAAACUAUAUAGUUAAUAUACUUACACAUAUAUUUAAAAUUAGCUGCAAGUUUCAACUGUUUGUAAAUUUCAAGAAAAAAUGUAAUUGUUUCAAUGUCAGCAACCAGAAUGAUGUGUAAAGCUUGUAUUUCAAAUACAUAAUAUAUUUUGUGCAAGGCAAAUUAUAAAUCAGAUUCAACUAAACAAAUUAUAUCUAAAUAAAAACCGGAUAAAAAACAAGCUAUAUAACUGUUAAAACUAAAAGUAACACAUGCUUAGUCAAGAAUUUUGGCAAUGAGAUGGAACAGAAUCGAAUUCAAUUCACGUAUAUUGUAAAAAAAAUCAAAAAUCGAAAUAAACAAACCAAAUAAAAUAUAUAUUUAAAGAAACCUUUUUUGUGGCAAACAUUUUUAAUUCGAAUAUUAAGUUAGCAGAUUAGACACUUUUCUUUGAAAUUAGUUACCUAAUUGUUUUGGUUUUAACUUUGUCAGAGUUCUAUUCUAUUCAUUGCCUUAAUUUUUUUCUAGGCAUUGCGCUUAAACAAAACGUACCUUAUAAAAUUUAAUGAAAAUAAAAACUUUAAACGCAGUAAACAGAACGAAAUUACCACACACAUUUCAAAUUUAUAGACAGAGAGCCCCCCUGUAUAAACAGAGUAAAUAAAACAAAAGUCGUUAAAAGAUAUAUACUGAAAUCGGAGUGGAGCAAAAAAUAUUUCACAAUUGUUAUAGAAAGGCAGACGCAAAAUUAUUGUGGUGACAAAAAUGCAAAAAAUUAAAAGCACGACAACAUCUAUAUGUAUAGAUAGGUUUGCCUAGGUAUAUAUUAUAUAUUUAGGUUUCUAGUUGGUAUGUAUAACUUCUAUAUGUAUUAUAAAAUGUAAAAAAAAAUGGUAAACAGCAAAAAAUAUGGGUAAAUAAUGUAAAAGUUGGCAAUGAAAGUUGGCAAGUUAGUUGAGGUUAGGUAUAGGAAAGUGGAUCAGUUAUAUUUAAAGAUAUACAAGUAAUGGAAAUAAUUGUUGACGUCUAACGUAACGCGCGCGGCAUGUUGUUGAAAACAAGUUAAUGAAAGCUAAGAAAAAGGGAUCGAUAAACACAUUAAAAUAUAUAUAUAUAUAUAGAUGUAUAUUCAGGCAUGAAUGGCGUUAGGUAUGUUUAUUGUAAAAUUGAUUACGAUGUGAACCUGUUAUUGCAAAUGAAAAGUGAUUUUAAAUAUUAAGAAAUUCUAUAUAUAUAUAUACUAUAAACCCAUAAAAAAUAACAAAAAAAAAAAGGAUCUAACAGUUAUAUAUACAUUAAACGAUUAAUAUAAAUGCAAGCAACACACACACACAUUUUAAGUUUAAAAAACUGUUUAAAAAUGCAAAAAAAUACAAAAACAAAAAAAAAAAUCAUUUAACUAGAAACAAAACUACCUAAAACUACAACGCAUAUUUGAUCAAUUGAUUUAAUAUGCUUUAUUAUUAUGUUAACAUACAAUUUCAUCUCAGAGAUGUUUCAAACAUGCAACCAACCAACAACAAAAGCAAAGUGAAAUAAAAAGUAAUUAUAAAAACGAA